AUGUCGUGGCAAAAUUACGUCGAUGAUCACCUUCUCUGUGAAAUCGAAGGUAACCAUCUCACUCAUGCAGCUAUCCUCGGUCAAGACGGCAGCGUUUGGGCUCAGAGCGCCAAUUUCCCUCAGUUUAAGCCUGAGGAAAUUACUGCUAUCAAUAAUGAUUUUGCUGAGCCUGGAACACUUGCUCCAACUGGAUUACACAUUGGUGGAACUAAAUAUAUGGUGAUUCAAGGUGAACCUGGAGCUGUUAUUCGAGGGAAGAAGGGUCCUGGUGGUGUUACUUGCAACAUGGUAGUUGAAAGGCUUGGUGAUUAUCUCGUUGAACAGGGUCUCUAA